GCGAUGAGAGGGAAAAAAGCGUGUAAAUGCACAUACUUGUCACGAGCUAUGACCCAGCAACUCUGCGCCAUUCUCCCCGACUCCCACAUCCAUUCCCUCUUUCACCCACAUUCAUCUUCAACACAGAUGCACAUAUCUAAGAUAAUUUUGAAAACCAAAGCUGUCUUGCGUUUUCUAUUUUUUUAUUUUUUAUUUUCUGGCUCUGGUUUGUUUUCUCUGAGAGCAUUGAUUAGCGUCAGGGUUUUGAAUCUUCAUUCUUGGAAAUUCAGAUGAGAAUUAAAUCCUCGAUUGGUUAUCCAGAAACCUUAGAAGCGUCUGUAUCAUGAUCACGAAUAACUUGAUAGGGUUCGUAUUGGCCAUGGCAUCUAGUUCCUUCAUUGGGUCCAGUUUCAUCAUAAAAAAGAAGGGACUCCAGAGAGCCGGAGCCUCUGGUACACGAGCUGGUUCAGGAGGGUAUGGUUAUCUUCGUGAGCCACUCUGGUGGAUUGGCAUGGCGACCACGAUUGUUGGUGAAUUUGCCAACUUUGUAGCUUAUAUAUACGCGCCUGCUGUUCUUGUGACACCCUUAGGAGCUUUGAGUAUAAUAGUGAGUGCUGUACUAGCUCAUUUCUUACUGAAGGAAAAAUUGCAGAAAUUGGGAGUAAUAGGAUGCAUUUUAUGUGUAGUUGGCUCUAUAGUCAUUGUUCUUCAUGCUCCUGAGGAACAUAGUAUUAUUUCCGUUGAUGACAUCUGGGAUUUAGCAACUCAGCCAGCAGUAGCAAUAUCAUUGGUACUGGUGUUAUAUUGUGAGCCACGCUAUGGACAGACAAAUACUAUGGUUUAUAUUGGUAUUUGUUCCAUAAUAGGAUCAUUAACUGUAAUGAGCAUUAAAGCAGUUGGCAUUGCAAUAAAGCUUACACUGGAGGGUUCAAGUCAAGUUGCACAUCUCCAGACAUGGGUUUUUGUAACGGUUUCAUUUACAUGUAUCAUUAUUCAGCUCAAUUACUUAAAUAAGGCUCUGGACACAUAUAACACAGCUGUUGUUUCUCCAAUCUAUUAUGCGAUGCUCACAUCACUUACAAUUGCAGCCAGUGCCAUAAUGUUUAGGGACUGGUCUGGUCAGAGUGCGAGUAACAUUGUGUCGGUCCUCUGUGGGUUUCUGACUGUGCUUUCUGGUACUAUGGUUCUUCACAGCACUAGAGAUCCCGACCCCCCUCCUUGUUCAGAUUUGUCCACUCAACUUUCCCCACAGAUUUCGUGGCGAGUUCAUGCCAACGGUGAGAUAUGGAAACAAAAGGAUGAUGACUUGCAUCAUGAAAUCGUUGCCAUAAUUCAGCAGGAUCAUUUCAAGUAAGGGAAGAGAUGCAUAAUUGUAGUCAGAGCAUUGUAUGGCUGAUUUUUUCACCAGUUUGAAUUCAUUAAGAGGAAAUGGUAUGCUGACUCCAUAAUUCAGCAGGAUCAUUUCACCAAUUCCGUAUUAUUGAAAUAUGCAAUUCCGUAUUUGGAUUGUUAUCGGCCAAUUCCACCCCUGGGUCUAUGUUAUUGUAGUUAAAAGGUCUCUAAAAGUUUUUUUAUUUUGAUAGAAAUGAAGACUUUAAUACGGAGUAUUAAAUUUGCAUAAUACGUCUUUAUGGGUUCGAAAAAGAAUGGAAGAUUGCCUAAAAAAAAAUACGUAGUAGAACUGAUCAACUCCAUUCCUUGUUGAAGGGAUAGUAGACAAGUGUGACUUCUUAC